AUUUACCACUGAAAAAUUGAGUUUUGAAGCGGUAUAAUAUAUUAAAAAUUAAACCUGAAAAUGACGAUGCAGAAGAAUGCUCCUUUGAAAAAUCUAAACCGUUAGAUGUGCUGUUCAUAAACAAUUCAAUUUCUACAACAGAGGAGAAUUUGGUAAAGAAUGAAGUCGACAAUACUUAUGGUAUUAAUUUUCCGUGUAAAGCGACCGAUACCUCAAACAAUACAAAAACCAUGGAUUGCAGUUUGAACAAAACUAUAGAAAACGAUUCUGAGAAAAACAUACACAAAUUACGUCGGUUCGACUGCAAUAUAUGUCAAAGGAGUUUAUAACCAAAAGUAAUAUAAUCCGGCAUAUUGCGAAAUCACAUUCUAGUACUUCCAUUGAAAAGAAAGCACCUCAAAAAAAUAAAGUCAAUCAUCGUAACAGCAGAAUCAAAAAGUAUACUCAAAACAAAUAUGGUCUAUUUAAUUGUGGUAUUUGUGUGAAAACUUUUUCAUCAAAAUCAAACCUGAGAAGACACUGGCGCAUACAUACUGGCGAGAAACCCUAUAAAUGCGAUGACUGUAUAAAAAGAUUUGGUCAGAUAUCUCACCUCAAGAUUCAUGAACGCAUACAUACUGGUGAGAAACCUUAUAAAUGCGUUGUCUGUGAAAAAACCUCCAUUCAAUAUUCUGAUCUCAAGAGACAUGCACGUGUACAUACCGAUGAGAAACCAUAUAAAUGCGUUGUCUGUGAAAAAACAUUCAAACGACAAAUUCAUCUCAAGUACCAUGCACGUAUUCAUACCGGCGAGAAUCCGUUUAAAUGCGAUGUCUGUAAAAAAACGUUUGGUAGACAACAUCACCUCAAAGCUCAUGAACGCAUACAUACUGGUGAAAAACCGUUUAAAUGCGAUGUCUGUGAAAAAACCUUCAUUCAACAUUCUGAUCUCAAGAGACAUACACGUAUACAUAAUGGCGAGAAACCUUUUAAAUGCGAUAUCUGUAAAAAAACAUUUGUUCUACAAUAUCACCUCAAAGCUCAUGAACGCAUACACACCGGAGAGAAACCCUUUAAUGCGAUGUCUGUGAAAAAUGUUUUAAUAGACAAUGUAACCUCAAAACUCAUAAAAGAACACACACCGGAGAAAAACCUUUCAAAUGCAAUGUCUGUGAAAAAACAUUUGGUAGACAAGCUCACCUAAAAACUCAUGAACGCAUACACACCGGAGUUAAACCUUUUAAAUGCAAUUGCUGUGAAAAAACAUUUGGUGUCCAGUCUUCACUCAACACUCAUGAAAGAACACAUACCGGCGAGAAACCAUUUAAAUGCGUUGUCUGUGGAAAACCGUUCAUUCAACAAUAUCACCUUAAGAGACAUGCACGUAUACAUAUUGGU